AUGCCCACUACCAUGCCUGUUACAGAUUACUGCCAGUCUCCUGACUUUACCACAGGGUCAUGUGGAGGCAAUCUGUUUGGCUCUGGCACCUUCUCUAGCCCUAACUAUCCCAGCUACUAUCAUGACGAUGCCUACUGCAUGUGGCAACUAAGAGCUUUAAUUUCUAAUUUAUGGCUUUUAUUGUGUUUAAAAAAACACAGGCUGGAAAACUGCUGUUCCUGUGACUACAUUGAAAUCUAUGAUGGGCCAUAUGUUUAUUCUCCAUUGUUGGGCAAAGUCUGCAACAACAGUCUGAGCACUUUCUUCUCCACUUCCAACUACAUGACUGUGGUCUUCCGGACUGAUGGUUCUGUGGUUGGUCGAGGGUUCAACGCCGAGUUCACGAGCUCUUUGACACCAAGCUCAGGUCGAGUGGACUGCUCCUCAGACAACAUGAACAUCGUGAUUGAGAAGUCUUACUUGAACUCUUUGGGUUAUGAUGGUCACAGCCUGUACCUGAAUGACCCACACUGCAGACCCCAGAUUUCCUCAUACCACGUGGUCUUCAGUUUUCCUCUCAACACUUGUGGCAACAUAAGAGAGUUUGAGAAUGGCAGAAUUGUGUACACAAACAGUCUUCGUGCCUACAGCUCCAACUACGGCGAGAUCACACGCCAGUCUAACCAGUUUAAGCUAAACGUCAACUGCCGAAUGGAGCAAGACUCGGUAUCUCAGAUUUUAUACAAGGUCGAUGAACCAGACAACACCACCAUAACGGGCACAGGCAGAUACAACACCAGCAUGGUUUUCUACCAAUCCAGCAGCUUCUACUAUCAGGUGACUACAUUUCCGUAUGAGAUAACACUAAACCAGAACUUGUUUAUUGAAAUCGAUAUGAGGAGAGGUGACAGCAGUCUGGUCCUCUUUAUUGACACCUGUGUAGCAUCACCAUCAGCCUUUGAUUUCCAGUCAAGACCCUACUACUUGGUUCGCAAUGGUAACAUCUCUUUCUUUAUCAUCCUCAGAUGUCCAAUAGAUAACACCUACUAUGCCUACACUACUGGCACCAGCCCGUUUGCCCGUUUCACAUUUAAGGCCUUCCAGUUCUUGCGGGCCACAGAAGAUGUGUACCUCCAGUGCAAGGUCCUAAUAUGUCCAGCCUCCGACUACAACUCCCGCUGCCGCCGCGGAUGCACCAAGCGAGUGGCCAGAGACGUGGGGUCUGAACAUGAGAGUGAAACUCUGGUUGUGGGUCCCAUUCACCUCUUAGACCCUGAGACAAAGGAAGAUGCGACUGAUGAGCAGAAAGAAACUUAAAUCUUCUCUACUUCUCUCCGUCUUCUUCACGCCUUCACUCUAACACUGAAUAUUAUCCACCC